GCCUGCGGGACUGGGGUCGGGGAUGGGGCACAGGGAGGGAUGUCAGACUUUGGGAGAGGUGGUCUGGGCCCCUUCCUCUUCCUCAGAAGCUCUUGGUAGUUGGAGCCUGGCCCAGCUCCUGCCUCUGAGUCGGGGGCCAGGGUGGAGAAGAAUGAGGCGGGGUCUUGCCUACUCGGGAAAGAAGACUCUGCCGUGUUCCCCAGUCAUGGACUAUUACCUCCGCCUCCCCGAUCUUUGCCUCCUGGGCUCAGGAGAGGCUGAUGCUUGCAACCAGAGCUCUUCCUUCUCUUCGUCCCUUGGAGAGAGUCUGCAGGCUCUCUCUGCGGGGGGGUGGGAUUCGGUUUGGGAUGCUGGAUGAGCCUGGUCCAUGAAGAGCUGAAAGCCCAUCACUGGGUGCUGUGUGGUGCUGUGUGUCUCAGCCUAGACAGGGUGGAGAGUGGGUGAGAGCUGUAAGACAUAGGGGUGGGUGGCCUUUGGGUAGCUGCUGCUAGGUUCAGGGUGAGGCCUUAGGGGGGUGGGGCGGGGAGAAAGGAGGAGUGGGGAUGGAGAACGGUGAAAAUCCAGGACCUGAAUUCCCAGCCUGGCCAACCUGUAGCCAUCUCUUUCCUUCAGAGGAGCCGAGGCUCCCUGAGGCCAGCUGGGCUGGUGGAGUUGGGGUGGCCUGAGGCUCCUUCCUGCUAGAGCCCUGGCCGCCCUGCCUCCACAGCCCACCUUGCUCUGUAGAACCCCUGAGGGCUAAGCGGCAGGAGCCCAGGGGUAUCCCAUCUGGGUCUGGCUGGCUGGGUCACUAACCUGUGUGAUCUGCUUCCCUCCCCUGCAGAUCAUGCGGAUCAAACCUCACCAAGGCCAGCACAUAGGAGAGAUGAGCUUCUUACAGCACAGCAAAUGUGAAUGCAGACCAAAGAAAGAUAGAGCAAGGCCGGAAAAAAAAUCAGUCCGAGGAAAGGGAAAGGGGCAAAAACGAAAGCGCAAGAAAUCCCGGUAUAAAUGCUGGAGCGUUCCCUGUGGGCCUUGCUCAGAGCGGAGAAAGCAUUUGUUUGUACAAGAUCCGCAGACGUGUAAAUGUUCCUGCAAAAACACAGACUCGCGUUGCAAGGCGAGGCAGCUUGAGUUAAACGAACGUACUUGCAGGUGUGACAAGCCGAGGCGGUGAGCCAGGCUGUGGGAAGGAAGGAAGCCUCCCUCAGGGUUUCGGGAACCAGACCUCUCACCAGGAAAGAUUGAUCCAGAACGACUAACCACACCACCACCACCACCACCACCACCACACCCGUCACCAGUCACCACGGACAGAACAGUCCUUAAUCCAGAAACCUAAACAAAAUGAAGGAAGAGGACACUGCGCAGAGCACUCUGGGUCCCAAGGGCAAGAUGCGUUCCCUGGGCCGGGACCCAGCUCGGUCCCUCUUGGAUUGGAUUUUUGUCAUUUCAUUGUUUUUUUUUUUUUCUUGCUGCUUAAAUCACCGAGCCUGGAAGAUUAGAGAGAGUUUUAUUUCUGGGAUUCCUGUAGACAUACCCACCCCACACCCAUACAUUUAUAUAUAUAUAUAUUAUAUAUAAAAGUAAAUAUAUAUAUUUUAUAUAUAUAUAAAAUAUAUAUAUUCUUUUUUAAGUUAACUUUGCUAAUGUUAUUGGUGUCUUCACUGGAUGUAUUUUGACUGCUGUGGACUUGAGACGGGAGGCGAUCCCACGUCGUGAUGGGUCAGGACGGAAGGAGCAACUCUGGAGCGAUCUUCUGUCCCUCUGAGGGAGGCGGCGGCCCUCUCUUCUCCUUGGGAAUGGAUGCGCAAAGGCCAGGGUCUGGGGGCAACUUCCAGGAACAUCGACAAACCCAACCCUGGGCCUGAGCCUCUACCCCAAGGCAAUCAGGACAGAAAGACAGAUGGCAGAGAGCAGGGACAAGGAUGCUGGCUCACCCCAGGACUUUGGGGGAGCCUCAGGAGAAUGGCGUGCUUUGUGGAUACCUGCCACAUGCUGCAAGGGCACCCUGUCCCCCAUCUUCACCCCCUCUCCCCCUCCCCCCGCCCCAGGGGCACUGCUCAGAAGAGCCUGGCGUCUGGGCAGCCUUUUCUGUUCUCAUCGCCGCCCGACAGGCGUCCUGGCGAAGAGAACAGACUGGUGGAAGAAGCAGCCUGUGAUGGUCACUCUUCCCCAGACCCAACCUCCUCCCCUGCCUGCUUCCCAGACUGCUGUCCAGGUGGCCUUCAUGUCCUCAGACCGUUGAAACCACUAGUUCUGUCCCCAGGAGACCUGGCUGUGUGUGUGUGUGUGUGAGUGGGUGAGUGUGUGAGUGGGUGAGUGGGUGAGUGGGUAGCCCUCCCUCUCCUCUCCCCACUCCUUCCCGAAGCACAGAGAAGAUGGCCAGGCCCGCCUGCCCAUCUGCGGAGGCAGAGAAAAGAGACAAAGUGUUUUAUAUGCGGUACUUAUUUAAUAUAUCUUUUUAAUUAGAAAUUAAAAACAGUUAAUUUAAUUAAAGAGUAGGGUUUUUUUCAGUAUUCUUGGUUAAUAUUUAAUUUCAACUAUUUAUAAGAUGUAUCUCUUGCUUUUUCUUGUUCUCUCUCUUUCUCUUCCUCUCUCUCUCUCUCUCUCUCUCUCUCUCUCUCUCUCUCUCUCGCGCGCGCGCGCUCUCUUUGUUUGUACCAGUUUGUGUGUAUGAAAUUCGCGUUUCUAGUCUGUCUCUGCCUGAUCGGUGAAAGUUACUAGCUUACUCUGGGCAGACAUUUAAUACUGCUAACACUCAGCUCUGCCCUUCCUUUCCCCAGCUGCUCACCACACAUUCCUUCGAAAUAAGGUUUCAAUAUACAUUUACAUACUAUAUAUAUAUUUGGCAACUUGUGUUUGUAUAUAAAUAUAUAUAUAUAUAUAUGUUUAUGUAUAUAUGUGAUUCUGAUAAAAUAGACAUUGCUAUUCUGUUUUUUAUAUGUAAAAACAAAACAAGAAAAAUAGAGAAUCCUACAUACUAAAUCUCUCUCCUUUUUUAAUUUUAAUAUUUGUUAUCAUUUAUUUAUUGGUGCUACUGUUUAUCCGUAAUAAUUGUUGGGGGGAAAAGAUAUUAACAUCACGUCUUUGUCUCUAGUGCAGUUUUUCGAGAUAUUCCGUAGUACAUAUUUAUUUUUAAACAACAACAAAGAAAUACAGAUAUAUCUUAAAAAAAAAAAGCAUUUUGUAUUAAAGAUUUUAAUUCUGA